UUCAUUUCUUGUGUCUAGUUGUCCGGUUGUUGUAUCACGCCGAUAGGAGAAACCAAAAAACGCCGCAUUAGGGUCUCUCCAGCGAUCGACAGACAAUUGCAGAAUUUGUUUGGUUUUUUUGUGUUCCUCGUCCGCUUCUCCUUCUCUCCUGCUUAUACUGGUGAGCUUCUAGGGUUAGGAUCCCGAGAUGCCUGUCUACGGCACUAUCCCGACGGCGCCGUGGCCUGAGCCGGGUGCCUCAACCUCCCGCACCAACGAGCUUAUUUCCCGCGCAAAGGAACGCGGCAAGGCCCUGAUCGCUACUCGACGGCCAUGGCGUGAGCUCGCUGACCCAAUGGCCUUGGCCUUGCCCCACUCUUACAGUGAGGUCACGACCCGCCAUCGCUGCAACCUCUCUUACUUCCGCUUCAACUAUGCCAUCAUCGUCCUCCUUGUGCUUUUCCUCAGCCUCCUAUGGCAUCCGAUCUCCAUGAUCGUCUUCAUCGCCAUCUUUGCUGCCUGGUUAUUCCUUUAUUUCUUCCGCGAUGACCCCCUAGUCUUCUUUCACCGCACCAUUGACGAUCGCCUUGUCCUCGCCACGCUAUCCGUCGUUACGGUGGUAGCCCUGGUAUUAACAGGUGUUGGGCUCAAUGUCCUCGUCUCUCUGAUCAUAGGGUUUGUGCUGAUUAGUGUGCAUGCCGUUUUUCGGGCUACAGACGAUCACUUUCUUGAUGAACAAGAAGCUGAGGAUAGGGGUUUGUUAUCCGUAGUUGGAAGUACCACAGGCCAGAACUAUGCUGGAGGAAUUUGAAUAUUCUUCUUGAUUUUGGUAGAGGCUGGAUUAUUAUUGAUUCGUUGAUGUUGGAAGGUCGGUCAGCGAUGUUGUUUGCUUGAGAGUUGAGACCUUGGGAUGGUUUUGUUUGCUUGAUCGGUAACCCCACAGGCUAGAAGGCGAUUUCUUGCACCAGUUUAUGCAGAAAUUGUUACUGGUUUUUAUCCAAAUAAGUCUGUAUGUUUUUUUGCUCUAACAUAUCCUUGUUGGCUGUGCAAUUUUUUUAGGGAUUUAGUAGAUGUUUUUUGUAUUCGUCGUUUUUGUUGAUCGCUCGCCCGCAAAGCACACCUUCUUCUAAAUGCUCAUUAUCUUUGUUGGUCAGUAAAUUCCAAUAAGCUGGAGUGUAUUAUUGUAUUAUUAAAACUUUUUUGGUUUUUUAUUUCUAUGAUGGAAUACAUUCUUUUCUGUUAUGUUGCAAAAUUUAAAUGGUAUCAAUUAA